AGUGGUCAGGUUUACUGUGGCUAGGAAGUAGCACCUGUAAGACCUUACUGAGGGAUUUUUAUGCCUAGCUCGGCACCGGGUUGUAGCUGCCCACAAAUAGUGCCUGAUUAAAAACCAGUCAAAAAAGUCUAUAAGACAGUCAGUCCUUUAAACCAUUUGUUUUUCGAAGCUGGAAAAGCCUCCGUAGAGAUAUUGAACACUUCCCUAAAAUUACGUAGGCUUUAUUCUGUGGUUUUGACAACUUUUACACGUGACCCAGUUGUGUUUACGUGGGCAAAGAUCUGCAGGCGUUUCCAUCAAAUCUUGUCCGGACAAUCAGCUGCCGUUAGCAGCAGACCCAACAACAAUCACCUCAUCGUUGUUGCAGCUGAGAUGAUCCACAGCCUGUUUCUGGUGAGCAACUCCGGAGACAUCUUCCUGGAGAAACACUGGAAGAGUGUCAUUAGCAGGAGUGUGUGUGACUACUUUUUCGAGGCCAAAGAGAAGGCGGGGGACCCAGAGAAUGUGGCCCCCGUGCUGCAGACCCCGCACCACUAUCUCAUCUCUAUCUACAGGGACAAACUCUUCUUCGUCUCAGUUACCCAGACUGAAGUCCCUCCGCUCUUUGUCAUCGAGUUCCUGCACAGGGUGGCAGACACCUUUCAGGAUUACUUUGGAGAAUGCUCAGAGAGCGUGAUCAAGGACAACACGGUGACGGUUUACGAGCUGCUGGAGGAGAUGCUGGACAACGGCUUUCCUCUGGCGACAGAGUCCAACGUCCUCAAGGAGAUGAUAAGGCCUCCGACCAUCCUGCGGUCGGUCGUCAAUACGCUGACAGGAGGCAGUAAUGUAGGGGGAACGUUGCCUACAGGCCAGUUGUCUAAUGUUCCAUGGAGGCGGGUUGGUGUGAAAUACACCAAUAACGAGGCUUAUUUUGAUGUGAUCGAGGAAAUCGAUGCUAUUCUGGACAAAUCAGGUACGACUGUAUUUGCUGAGAUUCAGGGUGUGAUUGAGGCCUGCGUGAAGCUCUCUGGGAUGCCUGAUCUCACCCUGUCCUUCAUGAAUCCUCGUCUCCUGGAUGACGUCAGCUUCCACCCGUGCGUGCGCUUUAAGCGCUGGGAGUCGGAGCGCGUCUUGUCUUUCAUCCCGCCGGAUGGAAACUUCAGGCUCUUGUCGUAUCACGUCAGCUCUCAAAAUCUUGUUGCCAUCCCGGUGUACGUGAAGCAGAACAUCAGCUUCUUGGAGACGGGUUCUUGUGGCCGCCUGGACAUCACGAUUGGGCCCAAGCAGACCAUGGGGAAGAUGGUGGAGGGCCUGAUGGUCACUAUUCCAAUGCCCAAAUCCGUGCUCAAUGUCAAUCUCAUCGCCACUCAGGGAACCUACACCUUCGACUUAUCAACCAAGGUUCUCCUUUGGGACAUCGGGAAGCUGAACCCCCAGAAGCUGCCGAACCUUCGAGGAAGCCUCAGCGUGCAGCCGGGAGCCCCAAAGCCUGAAGAGAACCCGUCGAUCAACAUUGAUCUGAAGAUACAACAACUGGCCAUAUCAGGUCUCAAAGUGAGUCGUCUGGACAUGUACGGAGAGAAGUACAAACCGUUUAAAGGAGUCAAAUAUGUGACCAAAGCGGGGAAGUUCCAGGUCCGCACCUGAGCGAGGCCGGAAAGGUCGGCGUUGUGACGCACCAAUCAGGGAGCGGAGUUACCACACUGCCGAGUCCGUCUCGCAUAUCCAAUCAUGAACACCUCCGCCUUCCGACAGCUAUUUAUGAGACCAUGUAAACCUGGUAUUGUGUUUUAAAUAUAAAUAUAUAUAUAUUUGACUGAAAAACGUUGGCCUGUGAAGGGAAGCCUUAAAAUUAAUGUGAUUUCUGUUGAAUGUUGGUUUAAAUGUGCUGCGUCGAAUGGUGGAUUUUCUACUUGUUGCAUCACUUGAUAUGAAUGUGCGCGUGUUUCUUUAAAAAAAAAAUGUUGCAGAAGGGGAAUAUUUUGCUUUAAAAACUAAGCUUACAUGCAACUCUCUGCCUUGCUUUACACGACAACCCUGCACGCUGCCUGAGAGUACGAAAGCACGCCUUUUGAAAAAGUUUUACAUAAUACAAAGUAGCCAACUUUAUACGUUUAUUGAAGCUAAAAUUGUAUGUAAUGUCUGCGUUCUGAAUAAUUGCUAUGCAAAUAUUUCUGCCCACAUUCAGCAGGUUAUUUCAGUGGCCUUGUAAGGGCAGUGCUCUGUAAAGCACACACUACAGCACAAGCUGCAUGUUUUGGAGACUUUAGGGAAGUUUGUUAAAAAAUGAAAUUUCUUAUUUAAGCUACACGGUAAGGUGAGACAUUGGAAUGGGUUACUAUUUGUUCAGGUAUGUUGUUUGGGAGCAACUUUAAGAAACCUCACAUGAUCUGUUCUGCCAAACACAGCAUUUUUAGUCAAUAUUAGAAAAAAAAAACUAUUUAAACAUAAUGUAAAAAGAUAAACGUGUAAGCGAGAUGCCUUAUUGUAAAAUCUUUAACAUCCUACUGGUGUUUUUUUUUUUGUUGUCUUUAUAUCCACGCUGCCUGAUUUGCUUCAUAUUUGAGAAUCCUACUUGGGUGCAAUUUGUACAAAUGUAGAGAUAAAUGUCAACAUUUAUUCCUACAUUAAAGGGUAUAUUUCUUCAAAGUUCAUUGUUAAUUAUAAUGAAGCGCAUAUAAUAAAUUACCUUCUGUGCCACAAGUUA